AUGGCAUCCAUGGAAGAGAAGCUCCUCAUGGGAGUGUUGACCCAAAUCGAAGUUGGCCGCAUUGAUUACGAAGAGCUUGCAAACUACAUCGGCGUGGCUACAUCCAAGGCCGCUCGCUGCAGAUGGGAUCGCUACAAACAAAAACUUACAAAGGGGGCACCAACAAUCACUCCGAAGAAGGCAGCUGGAGUCGGCAAGAAAAUUGGAUUAGUCUCACCAAAGAAGGCAGGAGGUAGUCCGAAGAAGAACAACCACGGAAGUUCCAAGAAGUCACGCGGUCGAAUCAAGGAAGAGAGCGACGAAGAGGAAGAGGAAUUAGACAUAGACGAGGACGAGGAAAUGGAUUACGACAAAAAUGCUCCGGAUCUCGGUGUCAAAAUGGAAGAGCCAGUCACACCAUCACGCAGGUUGCCGUCCCGACGAGCAAGGGUUACGAAGUUUGUGGAAGAGACUAGUGAUGCAGAGGAUGAGCAGGAAGAGGAGGAUGGGGAGGUGCAUGUUGGCGCGGAAGUUGAAGGAAUGAAAGAUUUGGCUGUCAAGGAUGAAGAUGAUGGAGGAUAUCAGAAUGAGGACGAGGCGUAG